AUGGUACAUCGUUUCGGAAUGCAGCCAGCACAUGCUUGCUCACCGCUUCUGCUCGUGCUGGCCGUUGCAUCGGCUCGGCGUGUGCUGCUUCUCAGGGACAUGUGCGCUUUAUUGAGGUUGCUUUUGGCUCAGCUGUUGCUGCACUCCGGAACAAUCGGUGCAAAAGUGGCGAUUAUCGGCGGUGGCAUUGGCGGUGCGUCGUCCGCUUAUUUCCUGCGAAAACUUACGCCACCAGGCACCGAACUCGUCCUGCACCUCUUCAACCAUGGCCCAGUCGGAGGACGCGUAGCAACUGUGCAAAUGCAGCAUGAUGGCAAAGAUCGCAUGUUUGAAGCGGGCGGUAGUGUCAUACAUCAGGCAAACGCCUACAUCAAGCGGUGGAUGAAAGAGUUUGGACGCGUAGCAACUGUGCAAAUGCAGCAUGAUGGCAAAGAUCGCAUGUUUGAAGCGGGCGGGAGUGUCAUACAUCAGGCAAACGCCUACAUCAAGCGGUGGAUGAAAGAGUUUGGUAAAUAUUUCGAUUUGCACGAAAAAGACACGCCGGAUGACUACGGUACAUCGGGUAUUUGGGAUGGCAGCAGAUUUGUAUUCAUGAAAAGCUCGUGGUAUAUCAUGACAGUGCUACGAGCCUUGCAACAUUAUGGUUUGAGUACGCUGAAGAACCGAUUAGAAACUGCAGCCUUUUUGGCUGAUUUCAGGAACAUUUACAAAUUGCUCGACACCAUUCAGUGA